UUCCUUUCAAUUUCGUUUUAUGUCUUUUACCCUUUUUUCUGUUUUUAUUUUGGCUUUAUACAACUAAUACAUUUCCAAUUCUGAAACCUCUUUGAUCUUGCUUUUCUGUUUGUUACCUGUAAUUCUCUGUAAUAAUCAGUUUUUGAUACUCCAAAGGAGCGAGUGCCCUUUGUCGGGUUGUUGCUAUAAAUUCAAAAAUCUUCUUAAUUUCGUUGGCACUAGGCUUGCUUGCUCCCAAAGAUUUUUUUUUUUUAUUCGCUUUCGCUUUCGGUUUUGUUCUUCUUUCAAUCUCUUUGAGAAUGGUUUGCGUGGUUUCUCGUUCGGGAAGGCACUUGCAGCGAUAUGACAACCUGGGCCGCCGCCAAGUUGUCGGGUGCAUUCCCUAUAGAUACAAAUGUAGCAGUGAUGGAACUAUUAGUAAUGACCUGGAGGUUCUUGUCAUCUCCUCACAGAAAUGUCAAAAAAUGAUGUUUCCUAAGGGUGGUUGGGAGCUUGAUGAAUCUAUAGAAGAAGCUGCUUUAAGAGAAUCACUUGAAGAAGCUGGUGUUCUAGGCAAUGUUGAGUGUGAAUUGGGCAAAUGGGACUUCAUAAGCAAAAGCCAUGGCACAUUUUAUGCAGGCUACAUGUUCCCUUUGCUUGUGAAGGAAGAACUUGACUUCUGGCCAGAGCAGAAUGUGCGCCACAGAACAUGGAUGAAUGUGAAAGAAGCCAGGGAUGUAUGCCAGCAUUGGUGGAUGAAGGAAGCCUUAGACAUACUGGUUGAAAGACUGACCUCCCUGGAGCAACAGAAGGAACAAAAUAUCUCAAUUUGUUCUCUGAUUUAGUAGUAAAAAUGAAGUUGUUUGUUCAUAGGGCAUUGCCAGGCUCUGAUUAGCUUUGAAUUAAAAAGCAGAGGAUCAGCGAUAGUGAUUAGGGCCAAUGAUGCUGACUCCCAAGAAGACACUCGCAUGCAGCUGCUAGAUGUUAGGAAAUGAUUGUAAAAUUCGUGGAUGCAUCGUUGGUGCCACUUGUUGCACCUUUCUUGAGGAGCGAGUCAUAUGAAAAAUUAAUAGGAAAAAAAAACUAGGUGAAACAGAUCUUAAAGCAAGUUGUAUAUUUCAAUCAAAGCCCCUUCAUAACAAGUAGCAUUACUUGUUACCAAGUGGGUCAUGAUUGAACAACGAAACAAAAACAAUCAAACAAAAAAUUCGAUCAAUUUAAUGAGAAUGGAAUCCCCCAAGCUUUUUGCAUAA